AAAGGGGACGUGAAAGCACUAUAUAUAUCUCUUCAAAAUGUCUCUGUGUUUAUCCAAGCACAAAGAAAGUUUAGGGAGAAAAAUGUUGUGAAUAAAAGGUUGUAGUGGUGGGUCAUGAUGCUGCUUUACCAGCGCCCUCUUGUGGUUCUCAGACAAAAUUACUUUCCCCCAAAAAUGUUGGUAAAUACAUAUUCUCAAACUUUAGGAAAACGAAUUUGAUUUAAUUUAUAUAAUAAUAACAAUAAUUGACAUGUAUAAAAAUAUGUGAUGUAUUUAGGUUGCGAUGUUUAUUAGAGGGCACACACUGCUAAAAAUCUGCUAAAGCACGCCUUUUUUUAACCAUGAAAGGGCACUAACUGUACAUCAUACCAACCCCCAUAAACAUCUUUGAACUCAGAUAGGAGCUGUUCCAAAAUAACACCCACGCUAAUGUAUAUGUGUUGUUUGAAGUGUAGCAAGAUUGAUUUUUUUAUCAAUUUGCUACCAUGCCAAGUAUCUCAUGAAAGGGUCCUUUUAUCUCUUUGAUAUAAGGUCCACAAAUGUUUAUUCCAUACAUUAGUGUGUAAUUUGCUUACAACUGCUUUUUUAUAAUGUAUAGGCUAAAUCUAUCCCAACUGUAACACCGAGAACUGUACUAAAGCGUGACUGUAAGUAAAGGGUAUGAAUAGAGCAUUAAGGCCAAUUUAACAGACAUGCAUAUGAAGAAUAAAACGUGAAAUGCUUCCCAUUCUUGUUUCCAAGAGUAAAUAGAGAGCAGCUGUGUGGGUGAGCUAUCGAGAGGCAUAAGCUCUGUAUCUGAAUGGUGGAAAUUCCAUGUGUCUUCCCAGAAUAUAGGGUUGUUUGUUUAGUAAACGAUGGACCUUGGUGCCUGUUGAGACCUGAAAUCAACAUUUAUAGUUAUAACAAGCAACGCCUUGCUUUGACGAUUUCCACCAUGGAUGGACCCCAGCCAUUUGGGGUCUCUAUCUCGAAACAUCCAUCCUUAUGCAAAAAACUUGGGUGUAUUUUUUGACUCAGAGUUGAACCUUGUAAAACAAGUCAAUACAGUGGUGAAAACCAGCUUUUACUUUAUUCGGUUAAUAGCCAAGAUAAAACCAAAGACGAUCAUCCAUGCAUUUGUAUCAACCAGGCUGGACUAUUGCAACGCCUUGUAUUUAGGAUUGUCUCAGUCAGUGGUACAUAGAUUACAGCUUGUUCAAAAUGCAGCUGCCAGAUUAUUGACUGGAAGGAGAAGGAGUGAUAGAAUAACCCCAAUUUUAGCAAAUUUACAAUGGCUACCGGUGACUUAUAGGAUCGAUUUUAAGGUACUAGUAAUGAUUUUUUAAAUCUUGAAUGGUCUCUCACCAGCGUCUGUCAGAUAUGGUUACUCUAUAAGCCGUAAGAAACCUACGAUCUGCUGAUAAAUCACUGCUCCAGGCAGGGCUGGACCGGGAAGAAAAUUCAGCCCUGGCAUUUUUAGGCCCGAAUCGGCCCUCCACCGAAUCUGUCGAUGGGGGUGGGGGGGGGUUGUGUCUUUUGCAUUCGCGUUGCGUGCAUUCGCAUUUAUAAUAAGUCCGUCUAAGCGGCCAAUGCCUUUGUUACGGCCCCAUACGUUAGCGGCAAACGCAUCCGUUAUGGCCCCAUACGUUAGCGGCCAUAGCCCCCGUUCCGGCCCCAUACGCCCGGUACGCCAGAUGGCCAGUCCGCCCCUGGCUCCAGGUUCCGUCGUCCCGAUUUAAGCGGAAAGGCGAUCGGGCCUUCUCAAUAGCCGGGCCUCGUUUAUGGAAUAACCUUCCGCUAGCCAUUCGAUCCGCCCCCUCUUUACCUGCCUUUAAAUCUGCUGUGACAAAGCAUUUCCUUAGUGUGGCGUUUGAUCCUGAUUAAGAGGGCUUUGGCAAAGUAUUCUGGCGUUUUGAGUAUGUUUAAGAGGGAUGUAACAUUCGUAAUGUUUUUUAUUGUAUUUUAUUCUGUCUUAGGUUGUAUGGUGAACUGUGUAAUGUGUUUUCUUUUUGUUUUCUUUUUGUUAUAUUUCUUGUUUUAUGGUUAUUGGAUAUAUUGUACAGCACUUUGGGCUGUCCUAGUGGCAGUAGAAAUGUGCUAUGUAAGAAAUAAACCUAAACCUAAACUAUGAAGGUAUGGAUGGAUAAACAGACAGAUGAUGUUGUGAAGACUUCUUUUAAUGUAAACUUCAGCUUGUGUGUUGCAUAUCAGCUGGCUCUACUUUUUACAUUUUUUGGAAUACAUUUAUAAACAGGUACAGUUGUUCUAAAUAACACGUUGAUAGAUAAUAGAUAGGGCCUACUUUUAUGUGGCCAGGGUGCACAGUGAAUGACAUGAGGCAAGUGUCCUGGUGCACCUGUGUGGUUAGUGGGCUUUAUUCAUCCAUGACAGAAGGUCCUGGAAAUGAGUUAAAGUUUGGCACAAUCAUAAGCCCUCGCUCUCUCAAGCACUCAUGGUAUUAAAUUAAGCCUGGCCAAAGCAUGUAGAGGAUUUUGCACCUUCAUAGUUCCCAAUCUUCCUAUACCUGAAUGCGCUUCAGCUCGCCGGCGCCAUGGCCGUGAAUAGAUCCUCUUCGUUUGCUGAUGCACUUCACUGUGUUGUAAGUGGAGUCAGCGCUGCGUUGAGCGAGUCUUCCUCUAUAUACAGUGAAUUAGUGGAUCUGUCUGGAGCUGAAGUUACACCCCACACAUUUGAGGAUUCUUUUGACCUCAUUGAAGAGUCUUUGCAUCAUGUGGCCAAUAACCUCAUGGAUAUGGACCAGGACCCUCGUAAGCGGCUUUACUUCUCUGACGGGCGAAGGAAAGUAGACUAUGUGCUGGUCUAUCACUCCCGAAAACGUUCCUCUGUCAGGGGGUCCCCUAGUCAACAUAGACUGUCCAUCAUUUCCAAUGGCAGUUAUCCUUUAGGAGUGGAGGAAAAAGACCCAGAGGGAGGAAAGGAGGAACCAGCAGGGGUGGUGUUGGACAUCGGACCCCCAGACCCAGCUGAUGGGGAGAAAAUCAUGAUCCGAGAGGAGUUUGAGGGCAAUUUAAAAGAUGCUGGGCUGGAAAUUGAACAUGAUAAAGAGACCAAGGUCCACGGGCAUGCCUUCAUUCGUCUUCAUGCGCCUUGGCAGGUGUUGAGCAGAGAGGCGGAGUUUCUCAAGAUCAAGGUGCUCACCAAAAAGAGUUACGAGUUGAGGGAAGACACAGGUCUGGUCGCCACCAUGAACGAAGUGUGGCGAAAGAUAAAUCAACCAUUCCAGCCCAAGGUGCCCCAUCAGGAGCAGGAGCACAUUCGAACCAAGUUCCUUUCUCACUGUUUCUCUCGGGACAAGCUCCAUCUGUACAACAUCAAGUCCAAAGACACGUUUUUCAACAACACCACAAGGAGCCGAAUAGUGUAUGAAAUCCUCAGACGUACUGCCUGCACACGGACCUGCCAAACCAUGGGUAUCACCACGCUGAUAGCUAAUGGCGUUUAUGAUUCAGCGUUCCCGCUGCAUGAUGGAAACUUUCGUCCCACUGGUCAGACGGAAGGAAAGAAUGACAGACAGCUGUUACAUGAUGAAUGGGCAAGAUAUGGUGCUUUUUACAAAUAUCAGCCUGUUGAUCUUAUCAGGAGGUACUUUGGGGAGAAGAUAGGUCUCUACUUUGCCUGGCUUGGUCUCUAUACUCAGUUGCUGAUCCCUGCAUCUGUGGUAGGCAUCAUCGUGUUCUUUUACGGCUGGGCCACUGUGGAAACAAAUGUACCCAGCCAGGAGAUGUGCGAUGAAAAUCAGAACUUCACCAUGUGUCCCCUCUGUGAUCGUGCAUGUGACUUCUGGCAUCUGAGCACCGCGUGUGGCACAGCGCGUGCCAGCCAUCUCUUUGACAACCCGGCCACUGUGUUCUUUGCAAUCUUCAUGUCCCUUUGGGCGGCAAUGUUUCUCGAACACUGGAAGCGCAUACAGAUCAGUCUGAACUAUAGCUGGGAUCUGACAGGCAUGGAGGAAGAAGAGGAACAUCCCAGACCCAAAUAUGAGACGCUACUCCUUCAGAAGAGACAAAGAAAGAUGAAAAAUACGAAGAAUAAAAAUGAGCCUGAGAGAGGUGUGGAGGAGAGCGGGGAACUGGGGAAGGACAAAUGGAGACAAAGGUUACUGUCAGCUAUGGCUGCUGGGAAUCCGCCUGGAAACGAGAAGCUAACGUGGAGAGAUCGACUGCCUGGGUAUUUAAUCAACAUUUCAUCUAUUCUCUUCAUGUUUGGUGUGACCUGUUCCGCCGUGUUCAGCGUGAUAAUUUACCGCAUCACCAUCUCUGCACUCAUGGCGAUGAGCCCGGACCCAGAGGUCAAGUCCAACGUGCGUGUGACCGUCACGGCCACCGCCGUCAUCAUAAAUCUGGUGGUCAUUCUCAUCCUGGAUGAGAUCUAUGGAAUGGUGGCCGCCUGGCUCACAGAACUGGAGAUCCCGAAAACCGAGACCAACUUUGAGGAACGUCUGAUUCUGAAGGCUUUUCUUCUAAAGUUCAUGAAUGCUUAUGCACCCAUCUUCUACGUGGCCUUCUUCAAAGGGAGGUUUGCAGGUCGACCCGGUGACUAUGUUUAUGUCUUCAAUGACUACCGGAUGGAGGAGUGUGCACCUGGAGGGUGUCUCAUCGAACUUUGCAUUCAGCUAAGCAUCAUCAUGUUGGGAAAGCAGCUUAUUCAGAAUAACAUCUUUGAAAUCGGCAUUCCAAAACUGAAGAAGCUUUGUCGCACACUGAAGGACAAGGAACGGGCCCCCAAGGAGGUCGUGGAGCAGCGGAGUGGCCGUCAACAGUGGCACCUGGACUACGACCUGGAGCCAUUUGAAGGUCUCACACCCGAAUACAUGGAGAUGAUCAUUCAGUUUGGUUUCGUGUCGCUCUUCGUGGCUUCCUUUCCACUGGCACCACUUUUUGCUCUCUUAAACAACGUUAUCGAGAUCCGUCUCGACGCCAAGAAGUUCGUCACGGAACUUCGCAGACCGGAUGCCAUCAGAGCCAAAGAUAUCGGUAUCUGGUACAACAUCUUGAGUGGUUUGGGAAAGUUCUCGGUCAUCAUCAAUGCCUUUGUCAUCGCCUUCACGUCAGAUUUUAUUCCCCGACUGGUCUACCAGUACAUGUACAGCGAGACGGGCACCAUGCAUGGCUUUAUCAAUCACACCCUCUCUUACUUUAAUGUUAGCAACUUUAAAGCUGGAACUGUACCUUCUGUCUCCGGUCUCAACAAAGACAUCACACUGUGCAGGUACAAAGAUUACAGAGAACCACCCUGGUCAUCUGAGCCGUAUCAGUUCUCCAAACAGUACUGGUCCGUUCUAGCAGCUCGGUUGGGCUUUGUCAUAUUGUUCCAGAACCUCGUGAUAACCAUGAGCAUGCUGGUGGCCUGGGUGAUCCCGGACGUACCCAAGAACAUCAGCGAACAGCUGAAAAAAGAGAAGACUCUCCUGGUGGACGUUUUUCUGAAUGAGGAAAAGGAGAAGCUUCAGCUCAUCCAGAGCCUGUUCUCCAAAGACCUGACCCAAGAACAGCAGGAGGAGCUGCAGAUCUCAGAUCAAACCUCUCUGCCCCUCCAACAAACCCAGACCAGACCGGUCCCGCCCGCCCCUGCUCCAGCCUCCACGGCUCCUCGAACCCGUCCCAGAGCGGCGAGCUUCAGCCAGUUUACUCGCCAGAUGUCCAUGUCGCCCCGCAGUGACAUCACCCAUCACACGGCUGUGUGAGGGCGGUCAGGUGAGCGGAUUUGUGUGAUUUGACGGGCGGAGCUUCUUUUAGAAUACCUGAACGCUGGAUUCGGAAGAUUGCCGGUGGGAGGGACGUUUGAAGCUCUGAGUUUUGGGAAUAUAAUGUCCUCUGUCUUCUGGUUUUUCGCCUACUUUUGGUGACCGAACUUGUUUGAAUGUUUGUCCAUAGGCUCCUUGUAUGUUUUUUUCCUUCAGAUGUUCCUACGGUUUUCAGGAUCAUCUGACACACAAACGUUGCCACAGAGCCGAGCUUCAAUAGGACCACUAGCUAUCAUUCUAGACGCAUACGCGUUUGAUAAGCACCGGAUCACGGACGGGUGCUGGUCCUUGGGAAACACUGGGAAUGAUUUUGUUUUUUCCUAUUUGAGGGUUUUGUCGACUGCUGGACACAUUCACUGGACACCCAGACAUUGCAUAAUCUGUACAUGCUGUCCAAAUGCAAACUGCUUUGCACAUUGUCCAUAAGAUGUAGCAUAUAACAGCAAAUAAUAACCUUUCGUUUUCUCAGGAAACAGCGUCACUGUAGGCUAUAUUUUUUCCGUUAAUAUGACUGUCCUUGGUUUAAUAACAACUAUGAUACAUGUUAGUAAGUUAAGGUGCGAAAAGCACUUGAUGUGCGAGCUACAUGGUACUACAAUGUAUUCUGUGAAAUCAAACGUGUGGCGAAAAUGUGAUGUUUGUCUUAAAGCGAUGACGCCUCUUAAUGUAACACGUGAACUGAAAUCCAAUGUACAAGCACAAAUUAGGCAACAUGAAAUUAAACUCACAUUUGUCAAUGAUUACUUUUAUGUCAUGCCUUCUUCUAGGCCACAGUUGAUCACAUGUAUUUAUCAUACACAGCUGGUCUUUUUGUGCCAUGUCAACUAUAAUCCUCCGAUGAAUUUGCCGUCACCGGCGUGGGAGUGGAACAGGGAUGUAUAUUUUGUGCCAACAUAAGGUCAUCAAGUCAUUCUCUAUGCCUCAUAGGAUUUAAUGCACAUGCAAGAAGAAUAAAUAUUUAA